GUGUUAUUUUGCGUCUGAUGGAUGGCAUGCGGGCGGGUCAAUCGGAUGACGUCUGUUCUUUUGGUGUAGUCCGCGGCCCCUCCAGCAAGUUUUUAUCACCCCCUAAUCCUAUCUGCCCACUCGGUGUUCUGGGAAAUAGAAGAGCACCAGUUUGGAUCCCGGUCGAUGCGUUUAGUGCGUUUCGGAUACCGAAACCCCGUGUUGUUGAACCGCUGUCUUUAGGAGAAAGCGGGCCGCUGAUCAGACCGAAGACUGAACACCACAGAAAUGGACGAAAAGGCGUUCACGAAAGAGAUCGAUGUCUGGAUCGAGCAGCUCAACGACUGCAAGCAGUUGUCGGAGAACCAAGUGAAAACACUUUGCGAGAAGGCUAAGGAGAUCCUGACCAAGGAGUCCAACGUCCAGGAGGUGCGAUGUCCCGUGACGGUGUGCGGGGACGUCCACGGCCAGUUCCACGACCUGAUGGAGCUCUUCAAGAUCGGGGGCAAAUCCCCCGACACAAACUACCUGUUCAUGGGGGACUACGUAGACCGUGGAUACUACUCUGUAGAGACCGUCUCUUUACUGGUUGCACUUAAAGUGCGCUACCAAGAGCGCAUCACCAUCCUCCGGGGGAACCAUGAGAGCAGGCAGAUCACGCAGGUGUACGGCUUCUACGACGAGUGCCUUCGCAAAUACGGCAACGCCAACGUGUGGAAGUCCUUCACCGACCUGUUUGACUACCUCCCGCUCACCGCCCUGGUGGACUCUCAGAUCUUCUGUCUCCACGGGGGCCUGUCGCCAUCCAUCGACACACUGGAUCACAUCCGAGCCCUGGAUCGCCUACAGGAGGUUCCCCACGAGGGUCCCAUGUGUGACCUUCUGUGGUCGGACCCCGACGACCGCGGUGGCUGGGGCAUCUCUCCCCGGGGUGCCGGCUACACCUUCGGACAGGACAUCUCGGAGACCUUCAACCACGCCAAUCGCCUCACGCUGGUGUCCCGUGCCCACCAACUGGUCAUGGAGGGCUACAACUGGUGCCAUGAGAGGAACGUAGUGACGAUAUUCAGUGCUCCCAACUACUGCUAUCGAUGUGGCAACCAGGCGGCUAUUAUGGAGCUGGACGACACCCUCAAGUAUUCCUUCCUGCAGUUUGACCCUGCACCUCGCCGGGGGGAGCCCCACGUCACCCGGCGCACCCCAGACUACUUCCUGUAGACUCUGACCUUUGACCCCUGUAUAGUCCACUCUAGUAUUGCCAUGAUGAAAUAUAUAAAUAUAUAUAAAAAAAACACUAUUUCAACUGCUACCAGGAAAGACGGACAGUAAGCUAAUGGUACAAAGAUUUAUUGUGGGGGAGGGGGGACUUUACAUAGUGUUGAAUACUCAAGAGUUUUCUGAGCAAUCGAUUAAUUUGUCUUGACAUGAAAGUGUCUUGUGUCGACGGAUGGACCAAAAGGUGUGUGCCAUAAUCACUACUAAAAUCAUUAGUUUUAAUGAUUUUAGCCCCCCAGCCCUGUCACAACAGAAUGCACACGUCAGAGACGAACGCGACACAACGUUACUUCGAACACGACUGUUUCAACCCACAUGGUAAUGGAUUCUCAAUGCGGAUGCCUUUUCAUUUUGGGAUUUUUAAAACAUGAUUUAUUUGCACUUUUGUAAAUCGAAAAACGAAUGGAACACAGGUCAGAAGAUGCUGACAAAAUACCUUGUAAAGAAAAAAAUAUUUGAAUCUUUAUUUUUUCUGUAUGGCUCCAAAGUUCUCACAGUUGUUCGUUGGUAUGAAACAUUUUUGUGUUUUUUUUUUUCUUUUUAUUCCAGAAAAAACGUCUUGUAUUCACCAUGCCUGGGGUGUAUUUGUAUUUUGUUUUUUGCAGAAAGAGAUGGAAUGUACUUACACAUCCGCUGACUGACUCCAUCUUAACUUAAGAGUCUGUAUUAACCAAUCCAUUCAAAUAAAAAAAUAAAAGGUA